AUGGUUACCAAUGGAUGGCCAUCAGAUAAAUCAAUAUUUGAACAUGCAGCUUACGAGAUACUCAAAUGGGCUUCAGAAAAUAAAGAUUCAUAUAGGGGUUUAGUUGGUAGGAGCAUCGAAAAGAGGUCAGAAUUAAUUUUUGCCUCUAGAGACAAUAUUCCAGAACUUGGGCAAUAUAGAUAAAUGCAUGAUAUAGAACGACACAAAAUGGAAAUGGAAAAAGAAAUCAAAGAUAUUGCUGGAGUUUAAAAAAUUUAGUUAAAGAGUAAGCGGUCAUUUGCUCUCACCCAGAACAAACUUGACCUAUCUAUAUUUUAGUUCAAAGAUCGACCUCUCUUUCAAAAGAAAAGUGCUAUUUAAGUCCCGAAUUCUGGGAAGGUAGAACUAUUAAUUACUAAGCCAAAGAAAGUCCCGCUAGAGAGAGUUCAGGAUACAUCAUUUACUAUCUUGCAAAGAGAUAAUAUUAUUGAAGAAUAGGAAUAGAAAUAGGAGGAAAAGAGCAGGAGUUUGUUGAAAAGUCAAUAAUCAGAAGGUUAAAGAUCUGUUAAUAGGUCAAUAAAUAUUGCAUAGGAUGAAAGAUCUAUUGGGAAUAAUUCCUAACUAAAUGAACGCUAAUAAGAUGAUUCUUUUCAGAGAGACGAUGAUUAAAUUAACAGAUCUAAUAUUACGAAUUAAUGA